CUGAAGUGAACCCUGUGGUCUCUGAUCUCCAUGCCUGUGUUGACUCACUACUACAGCGAUAACAUGGCACAGCGCUUCUGAUACCAUCUGAUUCAUUCUGUGGUGGUACAGGCAGCCAGCAGACCGUUCUCCAUGAGGAGCAGUAGAAGAUGCCGGCUCUGCCAGCACUGCUGCUGUCAAUACACUUCCUCUUCCUCCUGCUAGUCACCAUGCCGCCACGCUCCCUCGGUCAGACCCCUGUGCUCUCCUCCGUCCGCAUGGCGGCGAUCCUGGAUGACCAGUCUGUGUGUGGGCGGGGGGAGCGGCUGGCGCUGUCCCUGGCCCGAGAGAACAUCAACAGCGCCAUGGAGGGUCCGGCCCGCACCCGGGUGGAGGUGGACAUAUACGAGCUGCAAAAAGACUCCCAGUACGACACUACCGACACCAUGUGUCAGAUUCUACCCAAAGGCGUCGUCUCUGUGAUAGGUCCCGCCUCCAGCCCCGCCUCCGGUUCUACUGUCAGUCAUAUAUGUGGAGAGAAGGAGAUCCCUCAUGUAAAGAUCGGUCCGGAGGAAACUCCCCGCUUGCCGUACCUGCGAUUCGCCUCUGUCACGCUGUACCCUAGCAACGAGGACCUGAGUCUGGCCAUAGGAUCCAUCUUACGCUCGUUCAGUUACCCAUCAGCCAGCCUGGUGUGUGCCAAGGCUGAGUGCCUGCUGAGAUUGGAGGAACUGGUCCGCCGCUUCCUCAUCUCCCGGGAGACGCUGUCAAUCAGGAUGCUGGAUGACAACCUGGACCCUACGCCGCUGCUGAAGGAGAUCCGUGACGACAAAGUGGCCACGAUCAUCAUUGAUGCAAACGCUUCUGUGUCCUAUCUCAUCCUCAAGAAGGCGUCAGAGCUGGGGAUGACGACUGCAUUUUACAAGUACAUCCUCACCACAAUGGACUUCCCGCUCCUGAGACUGGAUGAUAUAGUGGAUGAGCAGUCCAACAUCGUGGGGUUCUCCAUGUUUAACACCACCCAUCCCUUCUACUUGGAGUUCAUCCGGAGCUUGAAUCUCUCGUGGAGGGAGGGAUGUGACCUGACGUACCCCGGGCCGGCGCUCUCGUCAGCGCUGAUGUUUGAUGCGGUGCAUGUGGUGGUGGGGGCCGUGAGGGAAUUGAACCGCAGUCAGGAAAUCGGAGUGAAGCCGCUCAGCUGCUCCUCGCCUCAGAUCUGGCAACACGGGACCAGUCUCAUGAACUACCUGCGCAUGGUGGAGUACGAUGGUCUGACAGGGCGUGUGGAGUUCAACAGCAAAGGGCAGAGGACCAACUACACCCUGCGGAUCCUGGAGAAGCACAGAGGAGGCCACAAAGAGAUCGGGAUCUGGUACUCCAACAACACCCUGGCAAUGAACUCCACCAGUCUGGACAUCAAUGUUUCGGAGACGCUGGCCAACAAGACACUCAUCGUCACCACCAUAAUGGAGAACCCAUAUGUGAUGCGCAGAGAGAACUACCAGGACUUCCAGGGCAACGACCAGUACGAGGGCUUCUGUGUGGACAUGCUGAAGGAGCUGGCAGACAUCUUGAAAUUCUCCUUCAGAAUCAAGCUGGUGGACGACGGGCUGUACGGGGCGCCAGAGCCCAACGGCUCUUGGACUGGCAUGGUUGGAGAGCUAAUCAACAGGAAAGCAGACCUGGCCGUAGCGGGCUUCACCAUCACAUCAGAAAGAGAGAAAGUUAUCGACUUCUCUAAGCCGUUCAUGACCCUGGGGAUCAGCAUCUUGUACCGAGCUCAACUGGGUCGGAAGCCGGGUUACUUCUCCUUCCUCGACCCCUUCUCUCCGGCCGUGUGGCUCUUCAUGCUGCUCGCCUACCUGGCUGUCAGCUGUGUGCUCUUCCUGGCUGCAAGGCUGAGCCCCUAUGAGUGGUACAACCCUCACCCGUGUCUCAGAGAGCGCAGGGACGUGUUGGAGAACCAGUACACGCUGGGGAACAGCCUGUGGUUCCCCAUCGGAGGCUUCAUGCAGCAGGGGUCAGAGAUAAUGCCCAGAGCCCUGUCCACCAGAUGUGUUAGUGGAGUGUGGUGGCGUUCAACCCUGAUCAUCAUCUCCUCCUACACGGCCAACCUGGCGGCCUUCCUCACCGUCCAGAGGAUGGAGGUCCCCAUCGAGUCUCCGGACGACCUGGCCGACCAGACCAACAUCGAGUACGGCACCAUCCACGGAGGGAGCACCAUGACCUUCUUCAUGAACUCCCGGUACCAGACCUACCAGCGGAUGUGGAACUACAUGAACUCCCAAAGCCCAGUUGUGUUUGUGAAAAGCACCGAGGAGGGGAUCGCCCGCGUGGUCAACUCAAAAUACGCCUUCCUGAUGGAGAGCACCAUGAACGAGUACCACCAGGGCCUCAACUGCAACCUCACCAGAAUCGGAGGCCUGCUGGACACCAAGGGCUACGGCAUCGGCAUGCCACUGGGGUCUCCAUUCAGAGAUGAGAUCUCGCUGGCCAUCCUCCAGCUGCAGGAGAAUAACAGGCUGGAGAUACUGAAGAGGAGGUGGUGGGAGGGAGGCCAAUGCCCCAAAGAGGGGGACCACCGUGCCAAGGGUCUGGGCAUGGAGAACAUUGGGGGCAUCUUCGUGGUUCUGAUCUGUGGCCUCAUCAUCGCCGUGUUUGUGGCCAUUAUGGAGUUCGUGUGGUCGACACGCCGCUCUGCUGACACCGAUGAGGUAUGCCCCCAUACCUGCCCUCGCCGACCCCACAGACACACCCCAGUGUCUGUCUGUCAGGAGAUGAUCACCGAGUUCCGAAACGCCGUCUCCUGUAAGAAGAGUUCCCGUAUGCGGCGCCGUCGGCCCCUCAGCAGCUCGGCGGCCCUGCGUAACCCCGCCCGCAUCGCGCUGGGCGCCCCCCGCCCGCUGCGCCUGGUGCGGGAGAUGCGCCUCAGCAACGGGAAGCUGUACAGCGGAGGCCGGGCCUCUGACGGGGCGGAGCUGGAGGUUCGGGACCCCUUGAUCUGGGGCCCCGGUCCCCAGCGGAUCCUCGAUGAUCCCCUGGGAGCCAACACCACCCCUCCUCCUCCUCCACCGGCCCCCACCCCGGUGAUGCUGCCCGCCCGCAGCUGCACCCACGUGCGGAUCUGCCAGGAGUGCCGGAGGAUCCAGAGCCUGAGAUCGGGCACCUUAGGGUCCACCUCCACCAGAAUACCCCCGUCAUCGGCCCCCCUGCCCAGGCUACCCCCACCCCCGCCCCCAUCCUCAACCAACACAGACAGUGAGGGCGCAGGGGGGCCUAGCCCGCGGCGGCUACACCACGGCACCCCGCCCCACACCUCCAGACCCCUCCCUCCUCCACAGAACAGCAACACCACAGACCUGCUGGGCGACCAGGACUGAGAGCAGAGGGGCGUGGGGGGGAGGGGGGGGGGAGAAACAGCUGCUGAGAGAAACACUGCUUGUUUCCACCUGAGAAAUGUAUCGGAGGACAAAAAGAGAAGGGGGAUGGAGGGAGAAAAAAGAUGAACUGAGCCAAUAGAAAAUGAGACGACCUUUAUAAGGAGAGGGAACACGUGACCUGAAUACUGUGAGGCGGUCGGUUCAGCUUCUGUCAUAAACUCCCAUUAACAGUUCAGUUUGGACACAUCUGAGCGGAAACACACAUGACCAGCUGAUGGUUUCCAUUGGCUUCCUUGUUCUCUCCUUCCUCCCCCUCUCACUUCACCUUCAGAUUUGAGGGCGCUGGCUUUCUUCCACAGACUCUAAAUACCCCCUCUAUUAAAAUGAAGCCUUGUUGGAGGACAUACUGUAUCCGUAUGUGAUUUAAAACCGCAACUAAAAGACUUCCAGAGAAUUAUUUCCUGUUGUUCUUUUCUUUUGUUGUCUCUCUCGUUUUGUUACCAUUGUUUCUAAGUGGGAAUUACAGAGUUAAGUACAGACUACAUGUGACAAUACGGUGGAUUAUGACAAAGUAAGAAACUCGACUGGGGGCUUAUUGUGAUCGAGAGUUUUGUGUCCCUCCCUGUGACCCGUAGCUGGAAGCUGGAUUGAAAAGACAAAAUGCAAACAGUAGCAGAGGGAAACUGUCUGCCUUUCUUUACACUAUGUGUGUGGUGUUUGUAAAAAAAAAUGUGUUUAAAUGUGUCUUUAAAUACUUUAAAGUGAGGAGAACCAUGUUCCCUGCAACAGCGCCCUUCUACAAAUGUUAGAUAAUCGGACGGAGAGACAGAGCAAGAGGCUUUGAAAUGUGAAAUGAAUGUCCCUCGUUGUCCCGGGUAACACUUGCCAAGCCUUUACUCCUUUCUCACCUCUGCUCACACGGCGUAGAGGAGAUAGAGAGGCACCAGGGAGGAACGAUAGGGGAACAGAGAGAGAUGAGAUAGGAAACAGGCAGAGAGGGAAAAGGACACCACUGAAUUUGAAUGAGAAAUCCUGAGCUGAACUACUUCCAUUAUUAGAUCUGUCCUGAUCUGUUAAUUCUGGGCAUCUUUUAAGGCGCUUGUUAACGCGCCAGCGGGCUCCAGCUACAGCUCCUUCUCCUCUCGGGUUAGCAACUUGGCUCCUGCCAGACUGAUAGACUCAACACAGCCUCGUCAAUACUGUUUCUAGCUUUUGAUCGCCUAAUUACUCCCCUCGGUGGCUGGGGACUCGUUCGGGAGGGGGUUGAACACAGAGAAACAUGCUGAUAAAUAGAUUUAGAAUAAAUACAUGUUUUUUUCUCACUGCGCCUGGGAAGAGAAGCUCGUCUAAUGACGCUGUUAAUGUUACAGCCCUACUGCUCAGCUAAAUCCAAACACUACACUUUAUUAGCCACGGUGCUUAAAGGGAAUUCACUGGUGGAAUUGCAGAUUUUAGGCUUUUCAUUUCCACUUCUGCACACUUUUGAUUACUGGUGAUCAUUAAGAGCGUACUUUACAUUGUUACCAGAUUCUCAAUCCCCGAAGAUGCCACUGUUUUCACAGCAUGUGGUAUAAUUACAUAGAGCAUUCAAGAAAAAGGCUGGUUUGAAACUAUAAUUCUCCUAUUGUCGACAAAUCCAGCACAAAGACCAAAACCACCAAUGAAUUGAUAAAAUGAUCAGACUUAUAAUUAUCCAGAGCAUGUCAUCUUUUAUAACUCUAUGCAAUGGAUUUCUCAAAGGAGUCACACCGUUGCAAAGCUUUGAGCCACGUUUUCUCAAGACUAUUUCUCUUUUCUAAGGAAACUAUGUAAUGGUGCCCAUUUUAAGAGAAGUUAGAAAGUAAUUAGGAUGUGUUUGUUGUACAAAAUACAAACACUGAAAGGGAUGAGACCACCAGGGCCAUCACCCGAUAUUAAUCCGAAAGGAAUAAAAUGAAUGCUUACAUAAAAAGUAAGUAGGUAAGUAAGGCAAGGCAAGGCAAGGCAAGUUUAUUUAUAUAGCACCUUUCAACACAAGGCAAUUCAAAGUGCUUUACA